AUGCCUUCCAAAUCCUCCAGCAAGAAGGCGCCUAGCAGCGGCCGCUGCUUCUCCUUCCGCAACCUGAGCCUCCUGGCCAUUUUUCUGGCGGCUUUCACGGCCAUCUACCGCUUCCUCGACGCGCGCCUGGAGCAAUUCUACAUCUUCGACCAUGAGCACCUGCACGAGCUCUCCCAGCGCGCCGUCAAGGCCCACGGCGAGGACACCCGCUCCAUCGUCAACUACAUUGUCUCCGAGCUCGAGGAAAAGGUCGGCUCGCAGUACCUGAGCAGCAAGGAGGAGUGGGUGUUCAACAAUGCCGGCGGCGCGAUGGGCGCGAUGUACAUUAUUCACGCCAGCAUCACCGAGUACCUCAUCAUCUUCGGCACUGCCAUCGGCACAGAAGGCCACACGGGCCGUCAUACCGCAGACGACUACUUCAACAUCCUGUCUGGCACGCAGCUCGCCUACGUGCCGGGCGAGUAUGAGCCAGAGGUGUACCCCGCCGGCUCGGUGCACCACCUGCGCCGCGGCGAGGUCAAGCAGUACAAGAUGGAGUCGUCGUGCUUUGCGCUGGAGUACGCGCGUGGCUGGAUCCCGCCCAUGCUGUUCUUCGGGUACGCGGAUACCUUCUCCAGUACCCUUGAUUUCCCGACGCUGUGGGCUACCACCCGGUUGACGGCUCGGGAGAUGAUUGGGAACCUGCUGCAAUUUAAGCUGUGA